AUUAUUCUAGAGUAAAAAAUAUUAGCUAACGCCUGAACGCAUUUCUAGUUAAAUACCCGAUCAUCAACGUGCAAAUUACAUACUGGGGCCGCUGAAUACCCUACGAAAUCGUCUUUUAUCAAAUCAAUCGAGUAACUCGAUCUAAAACACAUUUCAAUAUGCCAUCAGAAGCAACAGAAGCCGUUGUGCAGCCAGAGGAGAGCAGGAAUGAUGCCGCCGACUCCUCAGGGUCAGAGACCGACAGCGAGGAUUCCACACAUGAGAUGGAUCAGGACGCUCCCGUCUCCUCGGAGCAGGCCGACUUACAUGCACAGUUUGGAUCAGGAGAGGAGCCAAGCAGCAAGGCAAGGCAGAGCAGGAGUGAGAAGAAAGCAAGGAAGGCAAUAUCAAAAUUGGGUCUCAAGGCUAUCGCAGGUGUACAGAGAGUAACGAUACGUAAAUCAAAAAACAUUUUGUUUGUGAUCCAAAGGCCGGAGGUCUUCAAAAGUCCCGCUUCAGAUACAUACAUUGUAUUUGGUGAGGCAAAGAUUGAAGACUUGAGUCAGCAAGCCCAGACACAGGCAGCAGAGCAGUUCAGAGCUCCACAGAAGACACCAGCCGCUUCUGAGAAGGCAGCAGCCAGUGAACAACCCGCAGCAGAAGAAAGUGAUGGUGAUGAUGGAGAGGAGAUUGACGCAAGCAACAUUGAACCUAAAGACAUUGAAUUAGUCAUGCAACAAGCAGGUGUGACGCGGAAAAAGGCAGUGGUGGCAUUGCAAGACAACAACAAUGACAUAGUAAAUGCAAUAAUGAGUCUCACGAUGACUUAGCACCGGUGGAACAGUAAGAGGGGAAGAUGAGACGUAGGGGGCGCAGUAACCGGAACCUGAAGCACCAUGUGUUCCAACAUCCAUUCUAUCCAUACAAGAUUCCAUAGAGUGAAAUGAUGAAGGGUGUAGGGAGGGCUUGGAGUGGGAGGGGGAGGGAUACCCCUGUGGGGGCCAUACACUUACCCUGAACACGUCCGUCUCCGCAAUCAUAUCAUUCAAUUUCAAAGCGAUAUUCAGAUACUUCUCUUGGUGGAAGACGUAAUAUACAAACUUCUUGUGGAAAAGUAUUAGCCAAUCAUCUUAUUGCAGUUCUUUGGUGGAUUUACCUUUUGAAUGUCCUGAAAAUCUGACAUGAUCAAUUAAUAUUGACAAAAUUAGUAAUUCAAAUGGCCCAAAGCCUCUACAAAUCUCUACAGUUAAAUUAAUAAUACAUAUCUCCAUUGAAAUGGAACCUGUUUCAAGAACAUGUAUUCCUAAACCAGACAAAUUAAAUUGGAAUCGUACAAACUUCUUCAGGACUUGGGAUAAAAUUGGCCCUAAUUUUUGAUGUACAUGUAUGUUUUUUCUAUUAAAAAAUGCCAUGGGUAUGUAAUAUACAUUGUGAAAUUAAGCAGUGAGAAUUGUGUUGGAAUUAGAAUACAAGCCUUACAUUUGUUUCUUGAAUCAUUUAUUUCAUCAUUCAAGUCGGUGUGACAUGGGGGUUACAGAAUACGGUGCAGUGUUCUACAUUUCCAGAAGUAACUAAAUACAUGUAUACCAUGCUUUCUUUGCAUCAUAGACUUGCAUUUACUAGUUUAUACAUUUUAUAUUUUAUUUUAUUUGAGAAGAAUUACAAAAUAAAUGUCGGCAUUAGGAGAAAAAAACAGUGAAGAGAGAGAGACAGUCUUGAAAGCUCCUACAAAGUAUAAAUUAACACUUUCCUCAUGUCUUUUCCAAAGUAAUGAAGCUUCUUGAUGACUUUUGUAGAAUGUUCCAAAUGGAAUUCAUGGGACUAAGUUUUGUUUUUGAAAAAUGACAUGUUCUCCUCUAAUUACUGGUUAACAUUUUUAUGCUGCUCUGUGCCAGCAAAUAUUUCAAAUCAUUGUCCAAAAUCUGUAAGUUAUAAAUAAGCUGCAGUGGGUGUUUUGAACAAAGUAUUACGUUUUUCUAAUCUGUCUCAUUUACCUAUAUAGAUUUUCAUUUUUCUUGUCCCCCCCCCCCCCCCCUCCCCCAUAACCCACGGCAUAUAUAUGUAUGUGUACGAUGACCAUGUUCUUUUUUUUCUUCUUCUCGUAACUAGACAUCCUCUUUAGCUUCCUGGAGAAAAAAAAGUCCAGAUGCAGGAGACUUCUGUUACCCAUUCAUCAAUUUCUUUGUAUUUAUCUAUUGAUUUAUUACUUCUUUUUUAUAACAGCAUCUGAUGUCUCUGGUUUUGAAAACCUUCAGAGAAUCUGAUUGUGUGAUUUAGUACUACAUUAAACUCACUGUGGUAAAACAAUUAAA